ACCUAAACAAAGACCACGAAGAAAAAGACAGAAACAGUAGCAAACAACCUUAGCAGUGAGCGGCUAAUUUACCUUGUGGAAACUUUAGGUUUUAGUUUCCUCGGUUUUACGUUGGAUAGAUUAAUUGUUUUUGUUCAUUUGACUCGGUAUAAACUAUGUUCACGGGCUCCUGAAGGGAGACGAAAAUGGAGCCUGUUAUCUAACAUUUGCUAACUCUAGCCAAACAUCGGUAAACCUCAAGUUAAUCCUUUCCGUUUGUGGUGUUUUCUGCUGGAAAUAUAUACUGGUGGCGAUAAAGCAGUUUAAAUUGUCCAGGAAGAACGGCCUGGCUCAUUUAAGGAUUUUUUUUGUUAGACGGUUUGAGUUUCGAUUAUAUCCCUCGGUGUGGAGGCAUAAACAAGGAAAUACGUGCCGCUGAAAACAACCGAGGAUGGCCCACCUUGCUGUGUGGUGGAAGCGCACUCAGCUGAGUGUCUUUCUACUCGCUUUCAGCUGCAUGUGUUUCCCCUCACCAACACAUGCAUAUAUAUUUGUUCAUUAUAAAAACCAGACCGACCUAAUAUUUGAGGACCUACCUGCUUUCUUUGGACCGUCUCUUCCGAAGGAGGGAUUGAUGGGAGUUUUGGUAGUGUCCCAUCCACUCAAUGGUUGUACAACAAUGGAUCCUCCUCCUCCACUGACAACAAACUAUGAUGCCAACACCACUAAAUUUAUUGCUCUCAUCAGGCGCUUUGAUUGCAAUUUUGACAUAAAGGUUUUAAAUGCACAGCAGGCGGGGUACAGCGCAGCAAUCGUUCACAACUUGAACUCUGACCUUCUUCUCAACAUGAACUUUAGCAAUGAGACUAUUGCGGAUCAGAUUGAAAUUCCCUCUGUGUUCACCAGCUCCUAUGCUGCAAGAAGGCUUAAGGAGGAAGUAAUUCCAGAACACGGGGCCUAUGUGAUACUCAAGCCGGAUUUAGUUUUUCCACUUUCGUACUACCUUAUUCCAUUCACUGGGGUACUAGGGAUGAUUAUUAUUGUGAUGUGUGUAAUCCUAGUUAUACGGUGUGUGCAGUACAGAAAACGUGUGAGGAAAAAUCGUUUGACCAAGGAGCAGCUGAAGCGCAUUCCAACUCACAAGUUCAGGAAAGGAGAUGACUAUGAUUUGUGUGCCAUCUGUCUUGAUGAGUAUGAAGAAGGAGACAAGCUGAGAGUUUUACCUUGCUCACAUGCAUAUCAUUGCAAGUGCGUCGACCCGUGGCUCACCCUGACCAAGAAGACCUGUCCCGUGUGCAAACAACGCGUGACCCGAAACAACCCGGAGCAUUCCGAGUCCGACUCUGAGGAGGAAGCCGGAGGCCGGGGAGAGGAGGAAGCACCACAGGGCGAAGGAGACUCUGAGCGCACCCCUCUGCUGCGCCCGUCCAACCCCGGGUCUCCGUCUAGGAACCCGUCGGCCUACUCAGCCACCACCACUACUGCCCAGUGCCUCGUCUCUCCAACACAACGCAACUCCCCCGUCCUGGGCUAUGAUGGUUACUGCUCCCCACAGGAGGACACUGACUCAGAAAGUGGUGACGGAGGAGAGGAUGAGCACCACAGCGAGGACGACACAGCUCAGCUCAUUGGUAGGAACGGAGUGGUGGUCUGAACUUACCCGCCACAUUAUUAGCCCAAUUUUAAACCCAAAAAGCGAAUGGGAAGGAAAGCUUUGCCUAAGCAUUUUGCUUAGUUAGCUGGAAGAUUUAUAGUCGGCUUAAACUUUAGUAUUAUUUCCACAUUUGUCAAUUUCAACAAAUCUUUCAUCCAGAUGUUGACAGGAAACCUUUUAAGUGUCAAAGCACAAAUCUGUUUCACCAAAGUCAAAUGUUAGGAGUCACUCCCCUUCGAUGCACACAAUGACUCUCGCUGGACUACUGCUUGUCUCAUGUUGUAUUCUGUGACUUUAUCACACAACACCUAAACUCUGGUGUAGCCACAGAGUAACAGAAAUCUGUGUGGUGAAAGUUACUUUGGUUGAAGUGGCUUCUGAAGGAAAGUUCCCUCUUUUAAAUCAUCUCCUUUAGAUGGUUGUACUACUUGGAGGUGGGUGUAGAGGAUUGUUUAUCUCUUUAAUUUGAAAUUUUUAUUUUUUUUCCAGAGGACUGGAUUUUUCUGUUUUGAUGAUGGAUUAUACUAUAAUAUAACAUUGGAAACACUUUAAUAUCUCUGUGCUGCUUUUACAUUGUUGUUCACAUAGCGAUGUGGGCAGUUAAAAUUUUUAGCUUUAUUCCAUUUAUCCAGUUGAGUGAACUCAGGUUUUUGUUUUUUGUUUUUUCUUCUUCACAAUUAAAGGUCAGUUGGAUUUGUAAGUGAAAAGGCAAGUGCAAAAAAAUUACAAUGGGUUUGGUCAUGUAAAUGUUAGGUUUUUGCUUCACUUUUAAGCUUUGAAAAAUAAAACCCUGACCCUAUUAACUUUUUUUUUUUUUUUUUAAACUUAUUCUUAAAUAAUUACAGAUUAAGACCUGUGAUGUUGAAAAGCGUUUUAGGGGAAAAGUGCAUUGCCUUACAUCGGCCUUGAUGUUCAUGUGUGUGUUUAAUGUUUUUAACCCGAGUGGUCGAGAUAGACACUCCUUUCUCAGUUUUUAUUUUAUUCUUGUGUCUUGUUCUGUAAUAUAAUAUGUUGUUCCCUGCCUUUGUGUCUCUUGGUGUAUCUUUAGCAUGGUUAUGCUUUUACUUGUAGCCUAACAUCAGGACAGGUCUAAUCAAAUUAAAGUUGGUGAAAGACAGCCUUUUUGGGGUUUUUACUGCUCAUUUAUGUAAAACGUGUCACAAGUGGAAGUCUUAGGUGAUUUUGGCCAUAGUGUUUUUAUUCCUAAAAUUAAAAAUCAUGAAGGUUAGCUCUGAAGUUAAAACUAUUCAGUACUUCUAUACGUUGUUCUGUAUCACUCUAAAAACAUGUAAACAGGGUUUUUGUGAUCGUUUUUGCUUUAUUUCUAACAUAGUUGCACAAAUGUGCUUUACAAGUUUUGAUUUUCUAUAAAGAAUUAGUGCAAUUAUUGUACCAUUUGAUACUGCAAGUCCAUCAAUCUUAAGGCAGAGGAUACGCUACAUAUGACGGAAAUAAAUUGUGGGGAUUAGCUUUCAGUGGGCAGAGCAUGAAGGCGCAACAACAGAACUGGAUUAUUGACAUUCCUUCACAUUGUACUGCCCAGUGAUCCCACACUGUUAAGGAUUGACUUGGAUCUGUUUUAAGAAACACAAUAUGCUUCAAAUUUUUUUUUGUACUGUACAUUUUUUUCUAUGUCUGUUAAUGGAAACAAAUGGAAAUGGCUGAUCUUCAAAUGUUAAUUAUUACACUAAUACACUUUUUUUUUUAUUUGAGAAUGUGCCUAGGUUAUCAGACUGUACAUGCGCAGUGUACAAAAUAAGAGUGAGAAUCUAUAAAUUGUCUAAAGGUUUGUGAGAAGCAACAUUAAAUGUUUAUGACAGAGUAAAAAGAAUAAAGAUGGGUUUGCUGCCAUAAUUUGUUUUAAUAAGGAAGGUUGAGUAAUUUCUCUUUACAAAUGUUCAUUGACACAAUUCUUGAUAAUAAAGCCACUUUGAAAAAUAA